CGCCGAUUGGCCCGCAAACCCUCGAAUGAUCCGCUCGGAAUUCGCACUGAAUGAGUGGGUGAAUGAGUCCGUGGAUUUUUUUUUUUUUUUUGGGGAAGUCUGAGGAUAAAAAUGUGGGAUGUUUGGUGUUUAAAAUGGAUGUGAACGGAACGGGAGUGAAUAAAAGUGAAUCGGUGUGUGAAUGUGACUGAAUACCGGGGAACAGAAGCCCAAAAUCUGAGCUCUGUGGAGGAUCCAGGCCACACACAGUAAGGAUACUGAGGAUGGGGGGUGGAGGCCAGCUGACAGAGGCAGGAGAGGGACGAGCUGCUGGAGUCUACACCUGGGAGGAGGUGCAGAGUCACUGCAACAGGAAUGACCAGUGGCUGGUUAUCGAUAGAAAGGUUUACAACAUCUCACAGUGGGCCAAAAGACACCCAGGAGGCUUCAGGAUCAUCAGCCACUACGCUGGAGAGGAUGCCACGGAGGCGUUCACUGCUUUUCAUCCUGAUGUGAAGUUUGUGCAGAAGUUUCUGAAACCUCUGCAGAUCGGAGUGCUGGCGGCGUCAGAGCCGAGCCAGGACCGGGACAAAAAUGUGGCCAUCAUACAGGAUUUCCACAGCUUACGCAUGCAGGCAGAGAGCGAGGGCUUGUUCCGGGCUCAGCCUCUGUUCUUCUGUCUCCACCUGGGUCACAUCCUGCUGCUGGAGGCCCUCGCCUGGCUCAUCAUCUGGCUCUGGGGAACCAGCUGGACGCUGACCCUCCUGUGUUCCAUCUUGCAGGCGACGCUCAGGUAACUUUCCAUUAUUUCGCAGGCCGGGUGGCUGCAGCACGAUUUUGGCCACCUGUCCGUCUUCAAGAAGUCUAGCUGGAACCACAUGCUGCAAAAGUUUGUCAUUGGACAUGUAAAGGGGGCGUCUGCGAACUGGUGGAACCACCGGCAUUUCCAGCAUCACGCUAAACCCAACAUCUUCAGCAAGGACCCUGAUGUCAACAUGCUGCACGUCUUUGUGGUUGGAGCAACUCAGCCAGUGGAGUACGGCAUUAAGAAGAUCAAAUACAUGCCCUAUCAUCACCAGCACCAGUACUUCCUCCUGGUUGGCCCACCGCUUCUUAUUCCUGUCUACUUUCACAUUCAGAUCAUACGCACAAUGAUUUCCCGCCAUGACUGGGGGGAUCUGGCUUGGUCCAUGUCUUUUUACAUUCGCUACCUGUGCUGUUACAUUCCUCUGUACGGCCUACUGGGCUCUGUGGCGCUCAUCAGCUUUGUCAGGUUUUUGGAGAGUCACUGGUUCGUGUGGGUGACUCAGAUGAAUCACCUGCCGAUGGACAUCGACCACGAGAAGCACCGAGACUGGCUGACCAUGCAGUUACAGGCCACCUGCAAUAUUGAGCAGUCCCUCUUCAAUGACUGGUUCAGUGGACACCUCAACUUCCAAAUCGAACACCAUUUGUUUCCCACAAUGCCGCGGCACAACUACCACAGGGUGGCUCCGCUUGUCCACGCUCUGUGUGAGAAACACGGCAUCCCUUACCAGGUGAAAACAAUGUGGCAGGGCCUCGCUGAUGUUAUCCGGUCACUGAAACACUCAGGAGACCUCUGGCUGGAUGCGUAUCUCCACAAAUGAGUUGGAUUUCCUACACUGCACCUUGAAGGAGCGCUGUUUUCUCCUCUUCAGCAUCAUACACUGAUUGUAUCUGUUUGGUUUUAUAAUGUAAUUAUUGGUGUGAAAGUCAUUUCUUAAUGUAAGAGUACAAUUCAGUCUUUUGGGAUUCUGUGCAGUGUUUUUAGCACUCUCAGGAUUUCUCUACAUCACCUUACAGUGUCUUCAACAACAGUUUGUAUCGUGUUAUAAAUACAUUUGUAAAAACGGUGUUUAAAGUGAUGCUUUUUUUCUUUUUCUUUAUUUCAAAUGAAACUCACUUUAAAAGAGUACAACAUGACAAUUACACGUCAUUUGAUUUGCAUCUGUAAACUUAACCUGCUGCUCUUGUUUUGAUCUUACAGAGUACAUUAAAGGAAUUCUACUGAUUGUA